UCGUGUAUUAUAUGUAUAUUCUUAUCAGUAUUCAGAAGAGACUCGCGAAUACGAAUCUUGUAUGACAUCAUUAGAAAGACACGCAUCCGUAUGUUUAACCAAUCGCGUUGGAAGAGCAUAUCCGGUGUAGGGGUGUCCAUUCGGGUUCGGUGUUUCGGGUUUACUCGAAACCGACCCGAUUAUAUACAUUUUCGAUUUUUCAGGUUCGGUUUUGCUUAUCGGUUUUUCGGGUUCCGGCUAAAAACCUCCAAUAAAUAGAACUCAACCCAUAUUCUUAGACGUUCGGAUUUUCGGGUUUUGGUUUUGCUUUAACCGAACCCAAACCCGAUAAGAAAUUUUCGGGUUUCGGUAUCGAAUUCGGGUUCGGUUUCAGUAAUUUUCGAUUUCGGAUUUUUUCGAGUUUCCCGACCCGAACUGACACCCCUAAUCUGGUGCAAAACUCAAACCCGUCUACAAAAUCUCAAUGUCUUACCGUUCUCAUAAGAUUUCCUACACAAAAUGACAAGACACAGACUUUUUAUAAGCUGAAGCCAGGCCGUACGUCGGCCGGCCUAAUCUUCAACCUUGAUAUACAAAGAUUCCCUCAUUCCGGUCCCGAUGUAUAUAUAUACAUGUAUAUUCUCGGCUACUUGUAAUCGAUCAUAUCGAGCAAGGAAAUUAAGUAGGAAGAAGGAAAAAAAAAAAAAACAUGAAAGCUGCCCUUGUGGUAAUCAUUUCGGCGGCGUUAUUAUUUGCGAGCGUCUCCGGCCAACAAGGUGCGGAAUUUUGCAACUGCGGUCCGGCGGCGACGGAUGAUCCGGAGGUGUACUCUGCUCUCGUGAGCAGACUUCUCGACGACAUGGUGGCGCUCACGCCGGAUCGACCCAAGAACCCGGUCUCCGACGAAACAACCUUCACCAAGACGGUUCGGUCCGCGACGCUCCACAGCGGCGGCGCCGCCGCCACCGCCUCCUGUGCUGACUUAGUCAGUUGCGCAAAAUGUCUUGGCAAGAUUCGGAAGUCGUUGAAGCCCUGCGAGAAAUUCGGCUGCGGGGGAGGCAACGUCGGCGACAGCUGCCUACUUAAGUUCCGACAAAUUAAAUGAUGCGCCGAUUACCAAGCUCUCCGGCGGGAAUAUAUAAUAAGUUAUGGUGUUUCUCCGGCUGAGCAAUAUCUAUCAACUAUGCCUACUUUUAAUGUUAUUCAAUGAAAAGUUGGAUUGUUUAACGUGAUAUUCUAUCAAAUUUGCAAUCGGGUGAUGCGUUAUGAGCGAAAUUUCCAGUAAUAUUGCAAGAUCACUGUGAGUGUUGAUUGAGUGGUAUGUGAAAUCGAUGAUGUUACAUGAGAAGAUAAGUUAUGUGGGUAAACAUAAAUGGAUUUACAUAGCUAAUUACUAAAAUUUGGGUGAAAAUUUAAAUAUUUUGAGUCAAUAGCGAGACAAAUUUGUUGUUGUUGUCGUCGUCUCGUAGCAAGACAAGAAACUUGUUUCUGACCGAAAUUAAGAGUUAAUUUAUAUGAUAAAGACGAUAUAAUUAUCAACGAAUGCACAGCAUGUUACACACCGAUCAACGCCACUUAUAACUUGACAUGAUUUUCGAAUCAAAUCAUGGAUAAGACGAGUACAUCAAAAUACAAUGUUGAUAUGACUUUCAUCGGAUUAUCCGUCGUUGACUGAAAGUCACGAGGUUCUUUGUAUCCCUCUGUAAAUGGAAUCCACCAUGGAAGCAAGAGUUGUGUGUUUGGAGAAAUAUUACUAUAUGACAACCUCUCAUAUCCAAUGUUCAAGAAGACGCUAGGCGCUAUCUAGGCGAGGAGGUACCGCCCAGCGCCUAGGCUGAUUAGUCGUUGCCUAGGCGAGAUUAAACGUUGAAAAAAAAA